AGCCAUUCCAAUCUCUCUUCUUUUUUAUAGAUCCAAUUUUGGUUGAUUCUUUCUGGCACAAGCGAUUGCAAUGGAAGCUCAGUUCAACCCCACUGCCUCUCCCUUUCGAGGCCCAUGUCAAGAUCCACUGAUCAUCCCUUGUAAGGCUGGCUGGCGUGUGUCUGGGCAUUAAUGUCUCAGUUCCGUCUCUUCAACAUAUGCAUAGGUAAGGUUCAACCCCACCCCAAAAAAUAGCCAAACACCUCAACGACCUAAAAUCAACAACCUCCUAAACAUGACUACCACCAUGUCCAAUUCUAUUCCAAUUGAUACCCACGACGUCGCUGCCAAAAUGGCAGAAAUAGCAGAAACAACUUCAAAACUCUCAAAUCGGUAUAGAGGGGUAAGCAACCCCCCCAAAACCCCUCUCCUCCAGCCCCUCACCUACCAUGUACAAACGCUAACACCCCCCACAGGCAACAGUAGAAGACCUCGAUCCCCCCUCCGCCCUCUCCGUCCACACCACCGACCCCAUCUCCCAUGCUCUCCUCUCCGCCUUCGAACGAGACUACACGCACCUAACCGUCGUCUCCGUCGAAACCCGCGCACUCCUCGGCUACCUCUCCAUCCCACACCUCCAAUCCCUCCUCAAAUCCGGCACCGUCUCCGAAACCGAUGAAGUAUCCAAAGCCAUGACGAAAUUCAGACGAAAAGGCAGAGUUUACAAGGUGAUUACGAUGGAUACGCCAUUGGAGGACUUGGAGCGGUUUUUUAACGGCGAGGGAGAGGGUAGUGAGAGGGGGAAGCAGGAGUUUGCUGUGGUUACUGAUGAGCGGAGGAGGUUCGUUUUGGGUGUUGCUACGAGGACGGAUUUGGAGGAAUUUGCGAGGAGGAGACCUGCUUGAGAGGCUGG